CACAAAGUGAGUCAAUGUAAUUCCCCUCAAGUGUGUGUGUCUGCUGGUACCUUGUGUCUUGCUCCAUCGCGCUCAGCAUCCUGCAGCAUCCAGGACAUUCAGUCAUUACGAGCUCUUUCGAGUGCAGAGGCUGCUGUUGCUGCUGAAAUGCACCUCGAGUGAGCCGCGGCUGUGUGGACCUCACAGCUGAGCCGGAGGAGAUGAACAUUUGAACCAUCAGAGAGGACUGAGGUGAUGGUUGCACAUUAGGCAGGGGAUCCAUCGCUCGACCCGAACUGUUGAAAGACUCGCUCUCUCCGCGCUGCUCGCACUCAGCCGGACCGUCACCAUGAUGAUGUAUCUGUGGGGUAACCAGGACACACCAGCACCCCCGGACCCAUCCAUGGCCCAGACUUACCCCACCGCCCAGUUCGCCCCCCCUCCUCAGAAUGGCAUUCCGGCUGAGUUCACGGCUUCACACCCACAUCCGCAUCCACACUCGCAUCCUCACUCGCAUCAGCACCCGGCAGCGCCGCAGGACUACGCCGGGGUCCAGGCUUCGGUCAGUGAGCACCCCCUCAACAUGUACCAGACCUCACAGAGCCACAGGGAGCCCGGCGGCUCCGACAGCGGCAGCCAGACCGUCCCAGGCACAGCAACACAGACAGACGACGCGGCCCAGACGGACAGCCAGUCAUCGACGCAGAACGCACCUGAAAGCACAGACAGCAAAGCCCAACCCAAGAGACUCCACGUCUCCAACAUCCCCUUCAGGUUCAGAGACCCAGACCUCAGGCAAAUGUUUGGUCAAUUUGGCAAAAUCCUCGAUGUGGAAAUCAUCUUCAAUGAACGUGGGUCAAAGGGCUUUGGCUUUGUGACGUUUGAGCAUAGUUUGGACGCCGACAGAGCCAGAGAGAAAUUACAUGGCACAGUGGUUGAAGGUCGUAAAAUAGAGGUCAACAAUGCAACAGCCCGAGUCAUGACGAACAAGAAGACUGUCAACCCAUAUGCAAAUGGCUGGAAGUUGAAUCCAGUGGUCAGCGCUGUCUACAGCCCAGAAUUCUAUGCAGUCCCAGGAUUUCCCUACCCAGCAGCCACUGCAGCCGCCGCAGCGUACAGAGGAGCCCACAUACGGGGGAGAGGACGGACGGUAUAUAACACAUUCAGGGCAGCUGCUCCACCUCCUCAUAUCCCAGCAUAUGGAGGUGUUGUUUACCAGGAUGGAUUUUAUGGUGCAGAUAUUUAUGGUGGUUACACUGCCUACAGAUAUGCCCAGCCUACUGCUGCCACAGCUGCUGCAUACAGUGACAGUUACGGACGAGUAUAUGCUGCCGACCCCUACAACCACACACUCACUCCAGCAGCCACAUACAGCGUUGGUGCCAUGAACGCGUUCACACCACUGACAGAUGCCAAAGCUCGGAGCCAUGCAGACGACGUGGGGCUGGUGCUGUCCUCCCUGCAGGCCAGUAUAUACCGGGGAGGAUACAGCCGCUUCGCACCUUAUUAAGCAACACCUUCAACCCAAAACCAACCUUCCAACAGGACACAGAAGCUUGUAUGUGAGCGAGCGAGCGAAUGAGUGAGUGAGUGAGUGAGAGCGAGGGAGUACUAGCGGUGGACUGGGUACUGCAAUACAUGCAUUUUGUGCAUCACUUCAACGACUCCCGAUAAGAGCGAGCGGAAGAAAAAAAUAAUAAAAUGACAGCUGAUAUUUUCCAUCUUAUACCUCAGAUAUUUUGUGCUGUGUAUUUUGAUAUUGUGGGUUUUUCAUUUCUGGAGAUUUGAAACAUAUAUUAGAUUAUCAGCUGUACAUUUUUUUCAUGGUACUAAUAGAGACUAGAAACGAUAGGAGGAAUAAAAUACAGUAUUUAACAGACUCUAUGGGCUUCUAUCUAACCCUGUAUGAUAGGUCAUUGUCACCUUAGGUUUCUGUCUUUGUUUUGGGAUUUUCCUAGGUUUUCUAAGAGUGUUAGCGUGACUGCGCUAGUCAAGUGCUGUGGUUUCCCCCGUCUCUGUUUUCGUUGGCACUUUCUCUGUUUAGCGGUGAUAGACUUCCUGUUUUCAGGAAAAGAGGAAGUUAAGAAGCAAAUAUGAUCAAACGCAGGAAAGUCCUCUAGUAGGACUUCAGAUGCUAAACUGAGCAGCUGAGAAUGAACCACACCCAUUUUGCCACCGUUUACUUUGCACGUAAACAAACCAGUAAAGUUUCCAAACAGGUGAACAAAGUGCUAAUGUCUCGACUGUCCACAUCAUCUUCAGCUUCUCCCACGACAGGUUUUGUGAGCCUUUUGAUGAUAUAUAUAUUUAUUGAUUUUUUUUUUUCUUAUAAUGUGUUCCACAGAAGCAAAGGAUAUGCUAAAGCUAAUGUAGCAGUGCACUGAAACACAGUUGUCUUUUUAAAAUAAAAAACUACCUUUAACUUAUAAUAAUAAUUAUAAAUAAUAAUUCUUGCAAUACAUUAAAACAGCAGAAGAAUCAUUUUUCAAACAUGAGAUUUAACAGUUUUAUUUUCUAACCAAAAAUAUUAUAGAUAAUAGUUAAGGUCUUAUUGUGCUUUCUAAAACUAAUUUUAGUUACUGUAGCAUUAUGAGAAAAAAUUAAGAUGAUAUGAACGCAUACAGACUGAAGAAACUAUAGCAAGAGAAAAAAAAAUAAGAAUUUCAGCAAAAUAUGUGGGUAAAAGGGAAAAAAAAUAGCUCUUUGAUUCCACAUAGUUUGAUAGUCAUGAAUUUUAGAUUAAAAGUAUAAAAAUGUUUUCAGGAAGAUUAGAAUAAAAUACAUUUUAGCUUGAGCUAUACAAAUCAAAUGCAAGUGCUAACACAGUAUAUUGUUUCUCUCACUCAUAUCUCCAGAGCUGGACAACAUUCUGAUGCAAUUUGAAAAUUGAAAAACUUUUUUGGUUUGGUUGUUUAUCUUUGUAAUUGAUCACUGAGAGGCUGAUGUUUAUGAAUUCAGUACUUUCAAAAGCAGAACAUAAAAUGGCUGCCAACAAGCUAAUAGUGAGUCUCUGGUCCGUCACGAUGCUCAUCCUCGACAGUCGUCGAACAUUUUUAAUUUUCCGCUGUUUGCAGGAGGUUCCAGUCAAAACUUGGAUUUUAUUUAUUUCAUCACCGCGUCCAAUUCAAAGCCUGAAAACAUGCCAACAGCUCCAGUCUGUUCCGUCUCUUCCAGCCCAACAUUUUCGUGCUAAAGGCACCGCAUUGUUUUUUAACUAUCAACAAAUUUAUGCAGACGCCCUCAGAAGAACAUGAAGCAUCAUUCACUCUUGAGUUGAAGCUUCAUUCUCAGCUGCUGCUGCCUCAGUCUGAUAAAACAAGUGUAGCUCAGCACUUGUUCAAGCUCCAGUAUCACUGACUCCUGGUUGUACACAGUAGGGCAUCACUUGAAGCCAAAGGUGCCAGGGGAUAUAUGUGGAGCUCUAACUGGUGUGAGGGACGACCAUGGCAGGGUCACUGUUCAGUCCAGUCCUAGCUAGAUGAAAACUAUGAAAAAUAAAUUUAAAAAAUCUGAAGUGAAUGAAGGACAGAGGAGGGUGUUGAGAUAGGUUUUGUGGCACUAAUCCUCUUCCGUACUGAGUAGCGUUGGUCAGCCAGACAUAGAUGUUUUUUAUAUAAACUUACAAGGUAACAAUUGUUAUAACGAAUGAUUUUUAUAUUCCAGAGGAGAUUUAAAAUAUAUAUUGCGGUGGCUGACGGCCACUGUGUCUAUUUUAUCUUUUGUGUUGCAUUUUUGUUCUUUCCUAAUUAGAAUUCAAAGGGAGUGACAUAUAGUGCGAGUCAUAUUAUGAAUAAUAAUAAUAAUAACCCAACAAUGUAUUGAAUUUGACCUGUGCAGUGCAGAUGUUCUCCUAUAUGAACUACAUAAUGCUGUUUUAGAUUUAGAGCUGUAGAUCCGUGGUCAGGAAGAAGCUAUCUCAUUUUCUCUUUUCCAUCAAGAUCACGUAACCAUGUUGUAGAUAAGAUCAUUGGGGUUUGCUUUUCCUUUUCUUUCUUCUCAACUCUACCAUUUUGCACAUGUAACUUUCACGUCAUUCCAAGACAUAUCAGUGCUGUAGUUGUUAACUAUUAUGAUGCUUUUUUAAGGCCACCCCCCAUGCUAAUCUAAAUGUGACCUUUUUUCCUAAGACACAACCUUUACUCUUUAAACAGUAAACGUUGGAGUAUAACGAUAUUAUGAAAGCUCAUUUGUGAACAGGCUAAUUUAUGGUGUACAUAGCAGUUCUUGGAAUAAAUCUGUAGUGUAUUUGGGAAGCGCUACACAGGAGCAGGAACUGGGCACGGCCGACGCUGCAAGUCCGCCUCCACUUCCUGCCUCCAGUUCUGUUUACAACUAUUCCCAAUUAAUUGUGCUGUUACAUAUCUUCCUUUUUGUAUUUAUGAAAAAUAGAUAGCUAAAGAAUCCGAUGCAUCUCAUUCUGGAUCUACGCAGCAGUAGGAACCUCAGGCCGUUUGGCUCGGCCGGUUCAAACCUUCGUAUGUUGUUGGUAAAGAUUGUGAUUCAAAAAAAAACCUUCACGUCUUCACUUUGCUGAAUGUCUGAUUCCGCAAAUACUUUAUACAAGCUCAGCUUCCAGUAGGUUUUGUGGUUCAAAACAAGGCUUCCUAUGCCGUCAUUGUAUGUGCAUGUACUAUGGUUCUUCCACUUAACAGUAACCAUCAAUAAAGAUUUGGGUUUUAUCUACUUCUUGG